AAAUGGAUUCAGUUCUGGGAGGAUGGGGAAGCACAUGAUGAAGAAGAGAGAGCGCAACGACUGACGCACAGAAUGCAAUGGCUGCGAGAUCAGGUCAGAGCACAUGUCGCUCGCCAGGCUGUUCUCAGGAUAGCUACUUUGUGGUCGGAGCUUACUUUUAGACGGCGUUUUGCGGAACGACAACAACAUGCAGCAAAUGAUGAACCGGAAGAUCAUAUACAGCGUGAUGUUGAAGACAUGGACCAGGACGACAACGCAGGGUAUGAUGAGAAUGGGCAGGGGUGGAGGAGAAGACUCGAAGAAGGGGAGGAACACAAAUAG